AUGUCUGAGACCAGCUCCUUACUACCCGAGUCCGACGGGCGUCGGACGCUACGAGACCGCAUUGUUGAUGCUUUCCACUCCCCUCAAAAUAGGCUCGGAAUUUCGACAAAUUCCAGCAAUAAUGCCCAGCGAUCGACACACCGCAGAAUUCUCACAGGAAACUCGAGCGGACUGGAAGUGAGAACUCGGCUUCUGGAAUCCUAUCACAACGCAGAUCCCGCAUGUGGAGAACGGCGCUGCAGCCAUGGCACCUUCUCUCCGCGAGUAGAGGAUGGGCGGCAAUCCUACAUUGGCGGCUCGGGCGAUGGAUUUGGAUAUACCGGAACUGAAGGGACUGGUGGUACCAGUGGUCCUAGAGGGAUCGACGACCAUCCAGAGUCAUGCCCGGAGUCAGAGACUCCAUCUCAGAUGAAGUCCUCUCUGACUACGCUCUCAAUGAAUGAUACAAAAAAGCAAUACAUAUCCUAUUACGUUCCUCUAUUCAACUGGGUUGGACAAUACCAUUGGUCCCUCCUACGUGGAGAUAUCAUGGCCGCAUUGACUGUGGCCUCUAUCUAUAUACCGAUGGCCCUUUCUCUAGCAUCAAACCUCGCCCAUGCGCCACCCAUCAGUGGCCUGUACUCGUUUGUGAUUCAUCCUAUGGUUUAUGCCAUACUAGGCAGCUGUCCCCUUUUGAUAGUUGGACCAGAGGCUGCAGGCUCCCUGCUCACAGGUGCCAUUGUCAAAGCAAGUGUGUUGCAAGGAAAUGCAGGCGAGGAUGAUCCUGCUGCAAACGCUAUGGUGGUAGGCGUUGCUACUGCCAUGGCCGGUAGCAUGAUCCUGAUCGCUGGUUUGACUCGUCUAGGCUUCUUAGACAAUGUGCUCAGUCGGCCAUUCCUACGAGGAUUCAUCACUGCUAUUGGCUUUGUCAUUUUUGUAGACCAGAUCAUCCCCGAAUUGGGCCUUGCAGAAUUGGCCAAAGAGGCCGGUGCCAGCCACGGUACGUGUGUUGAAAAGUUGAUGUUCAUCGCUCGAUAUGCUGGAAAAGCCCACGGGCUUACUGCCACUGUCUCGAUCGUCAGCUUUUCUGUUAUCAUGGUAUUCCGUACUUUGAAGAAGUGGCUCGUUCCACGCUAUCCGCAAGUGAUAUACUUCCCUGAUCGUUUCCUUGUCGUCGCCCUAUCAGCAGUUUUGGCUUGGCAGCUUGACUGGGAGUCCAAAGGACUUGAACUUCUUGGAACGACAGAGAUCAGCUCUGGGGGACUUUUCGCCUUCAAUUGGCCUUUCCAGUUUUCUCACAUGAAACAUGUGCGGACAGCCAUGAGCAAAGCUUUCAUCAUCGCACUUCUUGGUUUCUUCGAGUCGUCGGUUGCAGCUAAAGGACUGGGUGAAGGAAGCUCCGAUGGAAUCCAGGGAAUGCAUAUGAGCGCCAAUCGUGAGAUGGUUGCACUUGGCGUGGCGAAUGUCAUUGGUGGCUGUUUCCAAGCUCUUCCUGCCUUUGGUGGAUACGGACGAAGCAAGCUCAGUUCUCAAACAGGAGCUCGCUCUCCCAUGACUAGCGUCUUUGUGAGCAUCAUCACCUUCCUCUGCAUCAUGGUGAUAUUGCCUUAUCUCUCAUAUCUUCCGAAAGCAGUCCUCUCCUCCAUGAUCUCCGUUGUAGCAUACUCGCUAGUUGAGGAAUGUCCCACAGACUUAAUGUUCUUCUUCCGUCUCCGCGGCUGGACAGAACUAGUUCUAAUGCUCCUGAUCUUCACGGCAACAAUAUUCUACUCCCUCGAACUAGGCAUGGCCCUGGGAAUCGGCCUCUCAGUGAUAAUCCUGAUCCGACACGCAACCAAACCACGCAUCCAGAUUCUAGGAAAAGUAUCGGACACACCAGCACGUUUCGACAACGCCGAACUGCACCCAGAAAAUGUGGAACUAGUCGAAGGCGCCCUAAUCGUCAAAGUCCCUGAGCCCCUCACAUUCGCCAACACAGGCGAUCUCAAGAACCGCCUGCGCCGUCUGGAACUUUACGGCUCGAGUCGUGCUCAUCCUUCUCUGCCGCGGAUGCGCUCUCCGGAACAUAACAAGAAUAUCAUCUUUGAUGUCCACGGCGUGACGAGUAUCGAUGGGUCUGGUACCCAGGUCCUCUCGGAGAUUGUGCAUGCAUAUGCAGAGCAGCGUGUCAGAGUUUUCUUUUGCCGUUUGCCCAAUAGUAAUGUAUUCCGCAUGUUUGAGCGCAGUGGUAUUGUUGAGCAGUGUGGUGGUUUGACUCAUUUCGUGCCCAGUGUCGAUGAAGCACUACGGUUGGCGGAAACCGAGGAACAGACAGAUGAGAGUUAG